AUGACCACUGUCCAGGCCAAGGAUCCUUUCCUCCGGGGUGUAUCUCCCACUCCUAGCAAGAUCCCUCUGCGUUGCCAGAGACGCCCUCCUCGUCCCACCGACAAAACCUGCGCCCAGGACCAGGAGAACGAAGAUCCAAGGAGAUUGGUGCAGAAGCCAACGCUCAGUAUCCAGCAUCCUCCCACUGGCAGAACAGAACCCAGCUGGAAAGCCUCAUAUCAAACAGAGAAAUCAUUGGGGAGCACUCAGCAACAUAACCCCCUGAAGGAGCUCAGAGCUAGGCCUGGAGGACAAAAUAUGGGGCCUGGGCCACCCUCCCUGAAAGAGGCUCCAGGGACGGUAGAGUUUGUGGCUGACCCUGCAGCCUUGGCAACCAUCCUGUCUGGUGAAGGAGUGAAGAGCUGUCGCCUGGGACGCCCUCCCAGUCUAGCUCAGAGAGUGCUGGUUCGUGAGAACCAAAGAAGUGCUCUCCGGAGGGGCCAGGGUGCCCGGGCCUCUGCAUAUAUGGCCCCCAGGACUCCCAAAUACCGGCUGGAUCCUGCCAGGGCUUCCUGCUUCUCAAGGCUAGAAGGACCAGGACCCCGUGGCCGGACUUUGUGUCUGCAGAGGCUAGAGACUUUGGGUCAUAUUCCACCUUCAGGAACAUCCUUUCACUCUUCCACUCGCCCAAGUUUCUUGGAACUAAGAAGAGUAACAGGUGGCAGCAACCGGACGUCAGUGAACCAGGCCUCGGGAUUGCUCCAGGAAACCCCAACCCAGCCUGCUUCAUCUCUCUCUGACGGAGAACAUGAGGCUGUCACUCAUUCACAUGAAGGCAGAGGAGACCGCCUCAGUCUGGCCCAGCGGAUACCACUAAAGGAAACACACACUGAGCCCACACCUGGCUGUGGCCGAGUAGUACUACCUUCUGUCACCCGCCUAUCACCCUUUGGAUUGGCUCAGCGUGUAGUUUCUCUCCAUCCGCCAGCUCUGACUUCAUAUUCAGUGUUGCGGCGUCUUGCUGUUCGCCCCAAAACCCAAUUCACACCCAUCCAGUCAGCCUCCAGCGUCCAGAAGGGUCACCGGGUGAGUGGUGUCUCCCCUCCUUCCUGCCCUGAACCUGAAGAACCUUUCCUGCCCUGGGAGCAGAUUGCAGUACAGUUAUUUGAUCAGGAGAGUUCUGUAGGGUUGCAGGAAGAGCCUGAAAUACCAUCUGAGGCUCCUCAUGGACCACUCACAAACAGCACCCCCAACCUUCAGGAGCUGAAGAUGCAGCGCAUCAGUAUCCUGCAGCAGCUGUUGCGGCAGGAGAUGGAGGGGCUGGCAAGGGACAAGCAAACCACCAUUAAUGGAGGCUCCUCUCUGGACACGACUGAACUUCAUCCUCUCCUGACUGAGAUUUCUAGAACUCUGAAUGCUCCAGAACGUAAUUCUAAGAUUUCCCACCUUCCUGGACUGUUCCAGCACUCUGAGCUGCCAAAGCCUUGCCUUACAGAGGAGGGACCUCAACCUUUCCUUGCAGCAGAACCAGGAGUAUCAGACCCCUGCUACGGGAGGGAGUCUGAGAUUCCAGAACCAGCCCCCCAACAAGAGCUUGGGGUGCCAGAGUCCUGCAUUCCAGCAGAGACUGUGCCCCUUCAGCAUAGUCCCUCAGGGGAAACUGGACUCCCUCAGUCCCACCCCAGGGUAGAGACCAGCACAUCAGAAAACAGUCCCAUGGAACUCAGAAAUCCACAGUCCAUUGAAGAGCCCCACAAAAGUCCAUGUGCUCCAGUGUCCACCAGCCUGAUCGUCUCUUCCCAACCUCCCCCUUGUGCCAGCCCUCCUGUCCAGUCUCUAAGGCCCCCAGCAGGCAGGUCAGGCCCCAGCAGUCUGGCCCCUCGAACCCUGGCCCUGAGGCAGCGCCUCAAAGCAUGUAUGACCGCCAUCCACUGCUUCCGUGAGGCCUGCCUGGAUGAUGAGUGUGCCUUCUAUACCAGCCGAGUCCCUUCUUCAGCUCCCCCCCGGGUCUGUGCCAACCCUGUGGCUACGUUACUGGAAUGGCAGGAUGCCCUGUGUUUUAUUCCAAUUUGUUCUGCUGCUGCUGAGGGCUCUCCAUCAUGA